AAGCAAGCUCCGCAGGCAAUUGCCUCUGCCUUGGAAGACAGCCCUGCACCUUCCUACCUCAGGAAGCCUCAUGGAGCAGCUCCACCCUGCACCCUCUUCCCUGUAGGCACCUUGCACCCAUGGGGUCAAACAGGCUUGCCUGGUGCUGCUACAAACAACCCCUCUGCAGUGCCACAAAUCCAACUCAAUGGUGUAACAUUGGAAAGUGUCUAUCACUUCUCCUACCUGGGCAGUUAUUUUUCCACAAGGGUGGACAUUGAUGCCAAAAUACAGCAUCGCCUGAGCUCUGCGACUGCAGCUUUCUCUUGAGGACAGGGACAUUCGCAGGGAAACCAAAAUGCUUGCUUACAAAAGCUAUUGUACGACCAACCUUACUGUACCGUGAAACGUGGACCACUUAUAAAAGCCAUCUCCUUGAAAGAUUCCUUCAACAGUGUCUCCGAAAUUUUUUACACAUCACUUGGGAAGACAGGUGAAGUAAUGUCAGUAUACAGGAUGAAGCAAAGAUCACCUGUGAUUCUUCAACAUCAACUUCGUUGGACUGGUCAUGUUGUUCGGAUGCCCGAUUAUCAUCUUACAAAGCAACUACUCUAUUCCAAACAUAAAAAUGGAAAGCAUAAUGCUAGUGGUCAACAAAAGAGGUUCAAAGACUCUCUCAAGGCAAAUCUAAAAAAAUGUAGUAUAAACACCGACAACUGGGAAACACUGUCCUGCAAGUGCUUCAGUUGGAGAACAGCCUUUACCAAAAGUGUCACGGACUUUGAAGACGCUCAAACUCAGGAUGAAAGGGAGAAACGCGCUAAGAGGCAAACCCUCACCAUGAUCAACUCCCGCCCAGAAACCAAUGUCCCCACUGUGGAAGGACGUGUGGAUCCAGGAUUGGCCUCCACAGUCACUUACGGACUCACUAUUAAAACCGUGUUUAUGGAAGACAAUCUUACUCGGCUACGAGGGAUCGCCAAAGAAGAAGAUGAAGACCCUGCGGGGGGGGGGGGGCUCCCUUACAAGAACCCCUCAGGCGUGCUUCUCUCAGCCCGGCAACAUCAGCCCUGGAGCAGCCCCCGAGCGGAGGCAGCGCUCCUUGUCCGAGGGGAGCCUCCGCCGAAACGAGCAGCAAGCGGCCGAGCACCCGCCCUUCCUCGCGUCUCCCUCCUUCCCAGCCAGCCUGGGAAGGGCAGUGGGCGGGGACCGCCGGCUGACAGGCAGGCCGCGCCUCUCGAAGGCGCCGAGCUCGGGGCUCCCGGCAGCCCCCCAGACGGAGGGCGGGCGGCUGGCUUUGCGCUUGCUCAGCCGCCGCCCAAGUCCGGGGGGAAGCCGGCAGGUCUCUCUCUGCAAAGCGAGGGAGGGAAGGAGGCAGCGCCGGCUCCUCCAUCUUCUUGUGGCGCAGGGAAGGGGCAGGCCCGAGCUCCUGGGAGGAGGAAGGAUGCCCGCCAAGUGAGCGCUGGCCUUCCAUCCCAGAAAGAGGCCGGUGCCUUAGGGGGGGUCGGCCCAGAUGCAAAGCAACCAGGGCGACGUCAGCGCCUCAGCGGAGGAGCAGCCCCAGCCUGCGCCUCCCGCCGCCUCGCCGACCCCUUCUCCAAUGGCGCUGGCUGGGCCCGAAGAGGGCAGCGGCCGCGGCGGAGCCCCGGGCCCCGAAGGCGCCCUCAGCCUGAACCCUGGGCAGCAGCAGCAGCAGCAGCAGCUGGAGGAGGAGAUGGAGAAGCUGCAGGAGGAGAACGAGGCCCUCAAGGUGAGCAGGAGGAGAGGAGGGCGGCGGGUGUGGCCCAGCCGGGAGGGGGAGGAGAGCCCUUUAUUCUGCUCUCUCUUCUGUUGUCAACCCGGCUUGUAGGAGGCGAAGUGAUAGAGAACAGAUAACCCCCCCAUCUCAGCAGCAGGUGCUAGAAAAGGGGAAAGAAAGCAGGUUCCGUCCUUUGGGGGGGGGGUUGUACAAAUGAUAGUCGUUUUUGUGUGCCACCGAAAAGGAAAACCAUUAUAUUCCAUUCUAGUUCUUAAUGGUGCAGCUUCCUGUUGUUCUAUUCCCUUGGUAAAAUGUGGGAAACUUCUGCCUUAGAAAAGUUGAGUUCCCUGGAGGAAAGUAGCCCUGGCCAUUUCAGACCUGAUGCUAGCCCACAGAUGGCGAAAAGCACUAUAUAGGCAGCCGUGUGUGCCUUGCCUCAUAAUCACUCCCUGUGGCAUGCUUCUCACAUGUCACAUAUGUGUUUUCCCUUCAGACUCUCUGAAACAUGCAUGGCUGACAUGCUGUGCAAUGGUAAGGCCCUGGAUUUUCAUCCAGCAGAGGAAGCCAUCUAUCCUGUUUGCUGCAUGCACUUGUCCCUUCAUGACAUACUUUAUUCUGAAUGUUAAGGGAGAAUGCUUAACAUAACAGCAUAACAAUUACUCUUUUCAGAUCACAUUCCCUCUACAGUUUGUCUCAUCCGUGAGGGAAGGGUCUUGCAUUCCAGGCAUGUCUUAAGAGUACAUCUACACUUUUACAGUUAGUGGUAAAAUGUUCAGUGGAGUAGCAAGCCAUAAUUCCGCUGUCUAGCUAUGGCUAUGGUGUGUUGAGAAAGUGAAGACUCAGCACACAAAUUGUGUUCCUAUGUAGAACUGGUAAGCUGUAUCACAGGGGUGGGGAACCUUUUUCAGUCUAAGCGUUGGAUCAACUUCCAGGAGCUGCAUGACACCAGAGGGUAUGGUCAGGGGCAAAAGUGGGUGGGAGAACGGAUAUGACUCUUGCUUUUUUACAGGAGUUUACAUCCAGUCACUUGUCAGAAGUUGCUCUACACCAGUGUUUUCCGAACUUGUGUCUCUGGUUGUUCCCAUGAUCCCUGGCCACUGGUCCUGCUAGCUAGGGAUGAUGGGAGUUGUAGUCCAAAAACAGCUCAGGUUUGGGAAACACAGCUUUACAUACACAUACACAUACACAUACACAUACACAUACACACACACACACACCUUUCUCCAUCCAGGCAAGCAAAAGACCAUCCCAGCAAGGGAAAGCCACUUGAGGAGGGGGUGGAGCAGGGCCAGCAUGGGCGUGGCCUAGUGAAAGGGGGUGUGGCCUUAGAAGGGCACAUGGCUUAGGGAAAGUUCUGAGGGCCAGCUAUAAAGAGGCCUGGAGGGCCAUAUUUGACCCUCUGUUCCCCACUCCUGCUGGUGGAAGUGGUGGCAAAACCAAGUUCUUCCCACACUGCAUAACUCUCAUCCACCCAUGAUUUUAUCAUUGAUUACCUCUUGGUAUACAUGCCACACAUGUGAUGUUUGAAGGGCAGGCAUAAGAUAGUGAUUGAUGCUUUUGGUUGUUGUUGUUUUAAGUGAAGAUCAACUUAAGUCCCAUUUUUCCUUUCAUUUUAUUAAUGUGAACUUGCAUUGCCUGAUGCAUUUCCGACUAUCCUUUCUGAACGGGUGCCAGAAUGAGAUAGAUGAGCUGAGGACUGAGAUGGAUGAGAUGAGGGACAGCUUCUUUGAAGAGGAUGCCUGCCAGCUGCAAGAAAUGCGCCACGAAUUGGAGAGGGCCAACAAAAACUGCAGGAUCCUUCAGUACCGUCUUCGAAAGGCAGAGCGCAAGAGGCUCCGCUAUGCACAGACCGGGGAGAUUGACGGAGAACUUUUGCGAAGCUUGGAGCAAGACCUGAAGGUAAACAGGACCAGAAGCUGGCAAGUAGGUGGGAAGGCAGUGAGGGGGAAGUACAGGUAGACUAUGAAAGUAUCAUAGGCUCAAGCUGUUAAACGGAAAGCAGAGAUCUGAUUUGUCUCAUGGUUCUAAGAGUCAGUAAUUUGAUGACCUGGAUCCUGACUCUCAGAACUCACUUUCUAGAUAGCUCACUUUCAGAUACAGUGGUACCUUCAGUUGCGGACGGGAUCCGUUCUGGAGGUCCGGUCGGAUCCUGAGGUUUCCGCAACCUGAAGACCGCUACUGCGCAUGUGCGCGCGGCGAAACCUGGGCAAAUACUUCUGGGUUGCCGCUUUCGCAUCCUGAAGUUUACGUAAUCAGGGGGUUAUGUAACAGGAGGUACUACUGUAUUUACCCCUUUUCCAGUUAUCAGAGAGUAAAUUCCUAGGUAUAUUACACUCUGUUGCUUUGACAGUUGUUCCAUUGAGCUCUGUGGAAAGCGUGAUGAGGCUGUGCUGCUCACUUGACCUCUCUUCAGCCCAGCCACUACUGCAUAUUGGGAUGGAAAGGAGGGAGGACAAAGACAAUGCAGUAGAAAGGGCCAACUGGAGUGACAGGUUGGCUCCACUGGCAUGUUUGCACCUCACUGCCUGACCCCUCAGCGACUCGGCUAAAAGAGAGGUCAGGUGAGUGGUGCAGCCACCAACCCACCAUGUUGUCCGCUGCUGCUUUAAACUAAUUCAGUUAAUAGACUGAAAUACAUUUCUGUAGUGCCAGAGCCUCUUAGCUUGAAAUGAAUCUGCGCAUUGACACAUCUUGAAAAUAUAACUUAGAAUUUAAUAGAGGUUUGAAUCCAAUUAAAUUAUACUUGCAGUAGAAAACAAUGAACUUUUAAGUUGUAUCGAUUGUUUUCACUGAGUAUGCUUUAAGUGUGAUAUAAGUUGGAUACAAUCCGUAAUUCAUCACUCAUUAUUAGAAAGAAAAGCCAUUUUAAGGGUUUCCUUUGCAUUCCAUUUUGCAUACCAGAAGCAAAAUAGCUAAAAAAUAAAUGUUUGCCCUUCUAGAGCAACAAGUGAAAAUCGGUACUCACCAAAUAAAAUUGCUACCCAUGAUUUAUCUACUAAAGUGUUACUUGAUUAAUCAACUAAUUAUAAGGUGUACAGUUCCAGUUGUAAAGAGGCUUUUCCAUUGAAAAAGCAAGUGAGACUCCCAUGUUAAAGCCCAACUUUGGGUAGCAUUGUGUCCAGUGUUCUAAUAGAUAGAGAACUGGUCUUUGACCUAGAAAUUCCAUGUACAAGUACAACCUAAGUCCUGUAAUCAUGGGAUACUACCAGUGCUCAGAGUCACACUGUCUGGAAAUAAUCAGGAAUAAGCUAGAGUGCAUGUGAACUGAGUAAUAAUAAUAAUAAUAAUAAUUAAUAAAAAAUAAAUAAAUAAAUAAAUUUAAAUUAAAUUAAAUUAAAUUAAAUUAAAUUUCUGUGAAACCCUUCACCCAAGGAUUACAGGAUGGUUUACAAUAUAUAUAAAAAAGAAUGCAUACCAUAGUAGCAAAUGAAAACAAUACCUCCCACAGUUUAAAAGGCCAUGUAAAGUAUUUAAUUAGCCAAAGGCCUGGGAGAAGAGUUUUGGCCUGGUGCCUAAAUAUUUGUAAUGAAGGCGCUCAUGUUUUUAAAAUCAGUGGAGACUUCUAAUGGAAUUGGAUUGGAGACAAAACUAAUCAGAAUGCCAUUCUGGCUCUAGAAUACACUAAUCAGCUCUGUUUUUGUUGGCUGAAAACAGGAUUAUAAACAUCACAUGAUCAUAGGGUUGUAUCAAACUUAAGAGUAGACCCAUUGCAUCAAUUGACCUAAGUGAUUUAUGCCUAUUAAUUUUCAUGUGUCUAUGCUGAGUAUGACUAACAUUGUAUACAACCAGCACUUUUUUUUCUGGGGGGACGCAGGGGUAUGCAUACCCCUAAAUAUUUUGUGAAUCUUUGUACUUUUGUCCAUUUACUGUAUUUAUUUCCCCCGAUUUGAACUAUAAAAUGGUGAUUUGCUUGAGUCAAAAUGAGAGUACCCCUAAACCUUUUUUUUAAAAAAAAACAGCACUGUAUACAACCCAUAAUUAUCUUCGCCACAAAAAUGUUGUCUUUAAAUUUUAAAAUUCUGUUCCAUUAGGUUGCAAAAGACGUUUCAGUGAGACUUCACCAUGAGUUGGAAAACGUGGAAGAAAAACGUACCACCACAGAAGAUGAAAAUGAAAAGUUAAGACAGCAGCUGAUAGAAGUAGAGAUUGCUAAACAGGCUCUGCAGAACGAACUUGACAGGAUGAAAGAGGUUAAUGUUCAGUAUUUACUUUUGGGGAAAUGCGUUUUUAUUCUACCCUGAAUUUUAUAAUGGUUGGAAUAGUAGUGCAUGCACUUAAUGGAGGAGGACGUCAGAGAUUCUCAGAAUGCUUGACUAAGUAAGGAUCCUAAAACGCAAUGAAUAAUUUGCUUCGUAGAAAUGAGAACAUAAAUGAGGGAAACAGUAAACAUUUCCUAGAAUUAAAAAUGGCUGCCCCUUUCGUACCUUUGCUCUUGGUCAGUUUUUGCCUUCUACUGUGAAUUGUUGGUUUUCAUGGAUGAGUAGAAAAGAUUUGUAUUUGUUAGCUUCUAUGUAUUUGUUUGCUGAAAAGCAUUCCCUGUACCUGUCUUUGAAAUGAGAUACGUUUAUUCUGGAAUGCUAUUGAGAGUGCUCUUGUGCUCUUGUUUUGUUGAUGAAAUUCUCAUAGGUAUCUGGUAGGCUGGACUGGAUAGACACUUGAUCUGAUCCAAUAGGACUCUUCUUACCAUAAAAUAAGGCAUGUCUGUGCUACUGGAUUUUUAGAAAAAGUAAAGCCAAACAAAGCUGCUAGUUCAACCGCUUACACUCCCAUUGAGUUUAGAGAACAUAAAACUAUGGGCCAUAAUCCAGUCGUCUUUGUAGGUGUAUCCAACAACCUGCAUGAGUCCUAUGAGAUUUGUGAUAGUGAACUGCAACACCCAGUUCAAACAUUAAUAGCCCAAAUUUAUUUCUUACUGCCGUGCUUCCUUAUACCUACCUGUGUUAUUAAUUAGCGAUAGAUAAAUCUACAUAGCCCUUCAGGUUUACUGAACUAUUUACUGGUUUGUAUUUGGAUAAUGAAACUGCUAAUGAAGUGCUCGAAUGGCUAUAUUAAGAGUUGUUAAAAUUUGGCCUACAUUGUUCUGGUGUGGCCCAGUUGCAUUGUGCCUCAUUACAAAAGGGUCUAGAUCAUUCACUGGCACCCACACUGUGAAAGGGAGUGUUUGCAUUGGCUUGCAUCUUUAGCUGUCAAUCUAAAUUGACUGCAGAAAUAUCCUAUCUCUUAAAUGACGAUAUUGGAUCCUGAUUGGCAGCUAAUUAUACACCAGGAUUUAUGAUUCUCUUUUUGUGUGCGUUUUUGUUAAGCCAGCACCCAUUUUGAAUAUCUCUGCUCCUUCUGUUUUCCCAAUCCCUCCUCCCCACCCUGCUUUGCUGUUGUUUUGGGGUGGUGGUAAAUGGUAUUUAUUCAAAUUCACGUUUAUUGUUUUCCCAUAUUGAUUGGUUGAUUACUUACCUUUGGGCAAGCUCUCACUGGAAUUAUGUAUGUUGGUGCAGAGAACAUUUCAUUGGUAAAAAAAUUGAGUAGUCCCCAGUUUCCAUACCAGGAAGAACUAUUUUGUGACUUCCUGUAAUGGAAUAAGGAGCCAGAGAAGAAAGAAGUCUGCUGUAUCUCUGCUUGUUAGACAAACCAGGCACAGAUUACUGAAAGAAGAUAGAUGGUGAUACCAUUGAUUAAUAUCUUGACACUCAGGGCAUUGGAAGAAAAUAAAUGAGGCUCUUUUCAAGAGCUUGGUGUAUUACAGGUAAUUUCUGGGUGACAUAACACCUCAGUAGUUGGUAUUAUAUCAUUCUUUUCUUCUCUCAUGAGGAGAAGUAGAAUAUGUGCCAAGUGACACUGUACCACACUGAUUAAAUGGUUAGUUAGGGAACAGGGUGUAGAUCUGUAUGUAUUAAACACCAAAAAAUGUAAUAUCUGAAUGUAUGCGGGGAUUGGGUUACAAGUGCUAAUAACUGCUCCAAAUUAUGAAUAGUUCCUCUCUUAUCUCUGCUUGUACUGCUGCUAAUAAUGAUUAGCACAGUAGUUAGGUUUGUUUUUAUCAUGUCUAUGGAAUGGACAGGGAAAAUUUGGUUACAGUAAUUUAUGCUGUGGUAACUUCAGGGCUGAAUUAUUGCAAUGUACUUUAUGCUGGGCUGCCUUUGAAAAUGAGUUGGAAGCUUCAAUUACCUUCAAGAAGCUUCAGUGUGUCUGCCCAACUGUUGACACGUUCGAGGCAAACCCGCUCUUUCGUGGCUACAUGUAUGCUUCCAAGUCCAAUUCAGAGUGCUGGUUUUGACCUAUAAAGCUUUUUCUGGCUCAGGGCCCCAAUAACACCUUCCCUGAACCCUUAGAUCUUAUUCUGAGACCCUUCUUUGGUUCUGCCCUUUGCAGAGUCUCAAAGGAUGGUGACAAGAGAGGAAGGCCUAUUCAGUUGUGGUUCUGUAUAUUCAUGCAUUGCUUCCAUGGAAUGCUCUACCUAGUGAGGUCUGCCUGGCAUCUUUCCUAACUGAUUUUGUUGUGCUGUUUGUGUGCUGCCCAAGCUGCCUGUGGUUGUUAUUGUGUGUGUGUGUGUGUGUGUGUGUGUGUGUAUGAAUGAAUUGCAGGUGUUUGUAUGCAAAUACUAAAUUCACCACAGUUGUCAGAUAAGGAAUUUGAAAUUUAAUUUUAGUUGAAACUUGCAUAUCCAAUAAAUUCCUUGUUCUAGUUUUCAGAUGACUGGCCAUCAUGCCUUGGAAAUAUUUGCUCUGCACCUGCUACCAUUCUGGUUGCUUAUAAUAAACAGAUACUUAUAUUAAUUUAAAGCAUGAUUGAUAGUGUCUGCCCUAGAAAUCUAAUUACCAGAAGCAUAUGACUAUGCCUUUGGUUUGACUCUGCCUUUAAUUGGAAUAGAUGCCAGCAGUUUAGAUUACAAUAAUGUGAUUUAGUUCAAUGGUUAUAAAAAUGACAGUAUACCAGGAAAGUAGGCCUUCCUGAUAUUGGUGGAGGGAGGUAUAUUUCACACAGCUCAGUUGGUUGGAGUGUGGUGCUAAUAACGCCAUGCAUUGCAGGGAGUUGGACUAGAUGAUCCUUGAGGUCCCUUCCAAUCUGCAAUUAUAUGAUUCGAUGUGGUUGACUUUCAUUUGAAAGAUGCAAAGUCUGAGCAGGAGGAUUUUCAUGAGAGCUUAACACAAGUUGGUUAGUUCCCCACCCACUCAAGCACUAUAUUAUUCAGCAUAAUUAAAACAGCUGGAGAACAUGUAGCUUGAAUGUAAAAGGGGGGAAAUGGAUCUCGACCCUAUAACAGCACAAAAGAUGAGAAAAAACAGCACCUAGCGUUGCACUGAACAGAAAGGUGUGUAUUUGAUACAUAGGGUCAUAUUCCUCUUCUCCCCCGCUCCCCAGACCUCUGUAUGUGCUCAAAAUCAGCUGUGGAGUGUUGGGUCAUCCUCCAAAGCAGAUCUGGAGGGAAAGCAGGCAAAUGUAAAGUCUUAUUGUGCCAGCAGUUGUAUGUGUGUGAAGCAUUGGAUACAACCCAUUGCUUCCUUCCUCCCCCCCCCCCCCCCACCAAAGUGUGCAUCUAACAAACAGGAAAGCAGGGCUUUUUGCCUCCCUGGUGAGUAUAAUGAAGAGGCCCAUCCAGCACUAGGAGGGAGAACCACUGGUGCUUUUUUCUACUUCCAUUUGAAUUCUUAGCUGGGCUACCAUUUAGAAUGCUAGCCUGUCAUCUUCCAGUUACUUGCAGUGAUUAUGGACAACUCUGGAUCACUGUCAGUAAAGAUGAAUACUUUUGCCACUUUUAAAAAACCAGGAUCACAUGAUUAUGAUGCGGACAUAUAGAGGCCCAUCCUUAAAUCCAAUUCAAGUACCAUGGCUAAAUCGAGUUGUGGAUUGACUAUUGGUUUUUCCUCUGAAUUUUCAUCAACUUUAAUAUGCCAGUGAAAGCAAUAUGAAGUUUGUGUAUUCCAUAUAUAGAGAGGUAGAAGAGUGGUAAACAAGUGCUAUCUCUUUCUACUGAACUGUUGAUACAUUGCUUGUCAAAACUGCCUUUAAUUUCUGUUGAAAUUCAAAGAAAGGAUAAAAAUGCUUUGCUUUUUGCAAACCUAAAAACAUCAGACAGGCAACCGAGGAUAUUAAACUUGUCAUGAAAUGUUUUUCACAGAACACUGGGCCUCACAAAGCUGUAGGGCAUACUGGGGCAGCAGGAACACAGCAUUCUUCAAGUCAAAGAUAUAGAACUGUAGGGGAUGACAGUAUCCAAAGGUCGUCUUGUCUACCUCUUGCCUGCAAAGGAACCGAAUGUUUUGCAUCUGGCCACAGUUAUUUAUGUACUGGCAGCAUCUUGUUUAGUUCACUAUAAUGCUUUCUACGUGGGGCUGCCUUUGAGGUCUGUUCAAAAAUGACACAUUUUGCCAAUUCCUUAACAAUCAAACUGGUUCCUGGUCUGUUUCCAAACACAGUUCAAAGUGUCCCUCUUGACCUGUAAAUCCCCAAACGGCUUAGGGCCAGGCUACUUGUAGGACCACUGCUUCCACUUGAAAGCACCUGGGUGUUAAGAUCAGCUUUGGAGGCCUUGCUCUGGUUUUGUUACCCUUUGAACUGGUUGGUGGCAGGCCUUUUCCACUGUGGCACUUUAUAUUUGCAACUCCCCUUCUGGAAAGUUUGCUUGCCACUUUCUUUGUUUUCCUUUUAGUAAGUGGUGAAAAACUUUUCAUACCCCCAGCCCUUAAAUGUGUUUCAACACUUAAACCCAUAUGGUGGUGUGGAACUCCCUCCCAUCAGAUGUCAAAGAAAACAACAAAUAUCUGAUGUUUAGAAGACAUCUGAAGGUAGCCCUGUUUAUGGAAGUUUUUAAUGACUGAUGUUUUAAUGUAUUUUUAAUCUUUUGUUGGAAGCCGCCCAGAGUGGCUGGGGAAACCCAGCCAGAUGAGCUGGGUAUAAAUAAAUAAUUAUUAUUAUUAUUAUUAUUAUUAUUAUUAUUCGGUAGGCGUGUGUGCGUGUAAUGCUGAGGUUUUAUUUCCUGCUUUCUCUUGUUUUGAGAUUUUAAAAAAUAUUCUGUUAAACUGCUUUAUUUUAAAUCAUGCUAAGAGCAUUUGCUGAAGACCUCCAAAGAAAUAAACAGACCUUCCCAUUUUGUGAGGGGAAAUGAGUUCAUUUAUUGCAUCCUUAGAUCUUCAAAGUAGUAUCAAAAUCAUUCUGUUUUAGAAUCAUGGUAAACAAAGGGUACAUAUCUGGGAGACAAGUAUUUACAAUUAUCUUGGGUCAGUUACUUCCAACUAAAAAGUCUGUUUGCAGUUACAUUGAAUAUGCUUUUUGGUUCCUGGUGAGGUUUUUUAUGUUGUUGUUUUUUUGGACUGUUUGUGAAUUAUUAUUUUUAAUAUUCAAAGUACUCCAAAGUAUGUUAUACAAAUGAACAACAACAACCUGAAUUGUAUAAAAAUAUCCUGGUCUCUGAAUUGUGGAGCAACCAAUAUUUUGGGGGGGGGGACAACAUCUGGUUUUUGAAAAAGCUUCUUGUGAUUUCAAUGGUUUAAUGGAUUUAUAUUGUAGUCAAGCCUAUUGAGUUGUUAACUUUUCUCAGGAUUAGCCAAUUGUUUUUUAUUUUGCAUUGUUUUAACAGUGUUAAAUGUUUUAUUGUAUUUGUAUAUAUUGUUGUGUAUUAGUUGGAGAUACAUGACUGUUUUAAAAAACAAAUAUACAUUUAGUAAAAUGCAUACUAUACUUUAUCUUUCUUUUAUAGCAAUCCAUGAAAAGAAGAGGAAGCAAAGACUUGCAAAAAUCAGAAAAAAAGUCACAACAGACACCCACUGAGGUAACCUCAAAUACUUCUGUCUGUCCCAUGGCACAACCCAGUAAACCUUAUGGUUAUUAAAUAAAAAAAAUCAUUGGUGCAAGCCUUUCCUUAGUCAGCAUAAUUGGAAAACUGUGACUAUUCUUAUGGUGCUCAUUUAGUAGCCUGUUAGUAACCAAAUUUUUAAAUGUCGUUUUAGUAAGCUAGUUAUAGAAGCUAGUUAUAGAGAAGUUCCUAGCAUCUGCACUCCUGAAAUUUAAAGUUGGGGCUAUUCUUGAAUGGCUAUUACAGUGAUACUUGGAAAAAUAAUGGAAACAGCUAUAUUUUACUUGAAAAGAUGGCACAGACCAUGUCCCUGCUAUAUUGAUGUCCUUUAUCUCUUGGUCAGAGAGAUUUUCAGCUUUCAGAAUCUUAACAGUUCUCAUGAGCAAACUCAGGGCCACUUCACACAUCACUUGCUUUUAGGUGAACCCUUGUACUUCAAACAUAACCUGUGAAUGCAAUAAACACAAACGUGUCUGACAUACAGGUGUACUGUUAAGGGAGUUAUGAUAGGUUGCAGCUUCCUGUUGAUUGUUUUGGCAGAUUGCCAACCAUUUGUCAAUGUACUAUCAACAGGAAGCUGCAACCUAUCAUAACUCCCUUAACAGUACACCUGUAUGUCAGACACGUUGUGUAAUGUGUGAAAUAGCCCUUGGUAGAGAGUAAAACCUGCUACUGAGUAGGUUUUGAGGUGUAAUGGUUCAGAACAUGGAGUAAUGAUUUUUAAAAUAGGUUUAGUGGCACAUUUUGCUUUUGUUUGAUAUUUGAAAUGUGUAUCAAAUAGAACCAUACCUUCAUGGAGUUCACUGGGGCUAUUAUUUUAUGAUUUGGAAUUUUCAUUUGCUGAAUUGCCAAAUGGUGUCAUCACUUGUCUAGUAACUGUUGGAUCUUCUUUCUUUUUUCUAAGGAGGACAAUGAAGAUCUGAAAUGCCAGUUGCAGUUCAUCAAAGAAGAAGCUACUCUGAUGAGGAAAAAGUUGGCCAAAAUAGACAAGGAAAAGGACAGAUUUGAACAUGAACUACAAAAAUAUCGGUCAUUUUAUGGUGAUCUAGACAGUCCCUUACCAAAAGGGGAGGCUGGAGGCCCACCUACCACAAGAGAAUCAGAACUCAAGCUUCGUCUGAGGUUAGUAGAGGAAGAAGCCAAUAUUCUGGGAAGGAAAAUAGUGGAGCUGGAAGUAGAAAACAGAGGGCUGAAAGCAGAGCUUGAUGACUUGAGAGGAGAUGAUUUCUCAGGGGCAGCCAACCCGCUGAUGGGGGAGCAGAAUGAAUCACUCUCUGAGUUACGGCAGCAUCUGCAGCUAGUUGAAGAUGAAACGGAGCUGCUGAGAAGAAACUUGGCUGAUGUAGAAGAACAAAACAAGCGCAUCACAGCAGAGCUGAACAAAUACAAAUACAAGACUGGGGCUCAUGACAGUUCAAGGCAUCACGACAGCGCCAAGACAGAAGCGCUCCAGGAAGAGCUCAAAGCUGCCCGCAUGCAGAUCAAUGAACUCAGUGGUAAGGUCAUGCAACUUCAGUAUGAGAACCGAGUCUUGAUGUCCAACAUGCAGCGCUAUGACUUGGCCUCUCAUUUAGGGAUCCGGGGCAGCCCCAGGGACAGUGAUGCUGAAAGCGAUGCGGGGAAGAAAGAAAGCGACGAUGAUUCUCGUCCUCCACACCGCAAGAGGGAAGGUCCCAUCGGUGGGGAGAGUGACUCAGAGGAGGUCCGCAACAUCCGUUGCUUGACCCCCACUAGAUCCUUCUACCCAGCACCAGCAGGGUGGCAGAAAAGCUUCACAGACCGGCAGCAAAUGAAGGACAUCCGCUGCGAAGCGGAACGCCUUGGCAAGACGAUUGACCGCCUGAUUUCGGACACAAGCACCAUAAUAACAGAGGCAAGAAUUUAUGUGGCAAAUGGGGACCUGUUUGGACUUAUGGAUGAUGAAGAUGAUGGCAGUAGGAUACGGGAGCACGAACUUCUUUACCGAAUAAAUGCCCAGAUGAAGGCAUUUAGAAAAGAGCUCCAGGCCUUUAUUGACACACUAGAAGUUCCAAAGUCUUCAGAUGAUCGAAGUACAGAUGAACCUUUGUCAGUGAGUCAGGUAGACUUUUACUUAAUAAGAUGCCUAGGUAAAAACUUUCAGCCCAAGGUGUUGUAUGGAUGGUUGACUGGCAUUUCCCUUACAUUCUUAUAUACCACGAAAGGCACAUUGUUUAAAUUUGCUGUGGCUUUCUUAGUUUGAAGUUUGUAGCGUAGUCCUAAUAAUUGGGUUACUAGCACCACACAGGGCUGGUAUGGGUUGGCAUGACUUGGCAAGUGCCCACACCUCUUCCGUGAGCCCAUUGCCAAGAGCCCCCUCUUCCCAUCUGCUGCUUCUCCCUGUCCGCUUGCCCUUUCCUUUGGACUCACCGGCGACAAAUGAAGGCAGCGUGAAGGAGAAAUACCAGACACUUCCUGUGGUAAGGAGGUAAUACAGUGAACAGUAAAGCGGAAGUGGUCUCAUAAUAAAAUUGUCGGCCAAAGGUUCUGCUGCAGUUUAUUCUGGGGGAGCGGAUCAUAUUUUGAAAUAUGCCACUUGUUAAAACCAUGGCCAGCUCAGGGUUUAGGGAGCCCCCAUCUGCACAUUAAAAUUGAGAAAGUAACAUGGCAGAAAUGAUUGGAUGCCUGGCUUAGGGGCAGAAUGUUUGACUAAUUAUCAUUUGAGAUGCAAAGAAGUGACCUGGUUAUAUAGAAUUAUGUGCCAUGAAGAUGUACGGAAGAUGGAUACUGAAUUUUAACCAGUACUUUCUAGGGCAGUUCUGAGGUUCUUCUUCCCUGUCUUACAAAAUGCACUUCUCUCUUCUGAACCUGAAACUAUACAGUUCCCUAUCCAUAGCUGAAAGGACUUCCUGUUACAAAUUGUACAGAUACAUUGAGAUACAGUUUCUUCCUCUCUUAAAAUGCUGAAACUUGGGUUAAUUCAGUGGAAUUUGUUGGCAGGCAUUUCAUAACAGUCAUUUUAGACAGCUAGCUUCAAAGUGACCUUGUACAUAUUUGCUUUUUUUUUUUGGUCAGGCCAUUUCUGUAGCGCUUAAUAUAUAAAAAUAUCUUUAAGCACUACAGAAACCAAAAACAACAGCAAGAGGCAAUUUAACAACAAUACAAUUUAAUACAAUUCAACAGCGACAGUGUUGCAUAUACAACUGUUAAAGGUAAAGGUAAAGGUACCCCUGCCCAUACGGGCCAGUCGUGUCCGACUCUAGGGUUGUGCGCCCAUCUCACUUAAGAGGCCGGGGGCCAGCGCUGUCCGGAGACACUUCCGGGUCACGUGGCCAGCAUGACGAAGCUGCUCUGGCGAGCCAGCACCAGCGCAGCACACGGAAACGCCGUUUACCUUCCCGCUAUAAAGCGGUACUUAUUUAUCUACUUGCACUUAGGGGUGCUUUCGAACUGCUAGGUGGGCAGGAGCUGGGACCGAACGACGGGAGCUCACCCCGCCGCGGGGAUUCGAACCGCCGACCAUACGAUCGGCAAGUCGUAGGCACUGAGGUUUUACCCACAGCGCCACCUGCGUCCCAUACAACUGUUACAUUAAUGCAAAUUACUAAUAAAUAUAGACCAAUAGCCUUCUCCUCCUGACACACCUCCUCUCAGCUCCAAGACUGUACACAUCCACCCUUGCUCUCAUUCAGGGCUGAACAAACUCACAGUUCUCCCACAAAAUCUCACAAUAAAGAGGGUUCCUGGAAUCUGCUGGCAUCAUCCUAGUUUCUCACUCUAGUCAUGUUUUGGAGGACUGGCACCAGGAGGAAAGAGCUUCCUCAGACUGCCUGCAUCAUUGUCCCAUGCAGCACUCAGCUGUACUGCACACACCCAGUUCACAAAACUAAGCCUCAGGUGUGGUUCUUUCUUUCUUUUCACUUGAAAUGUUAAGUUUGCUGCUUCAUUAACAUAGCGUUAUCUUGUCUUUGUAUCUACCUUCCCAGAUGUUCCAGCCUAUCAUUUUACUUAUUCUCAUCCUUGUAUUAUUUUCAUCCCUUUCUUAUGCAACAAUAUUUAAACUUGUCUUCCUUUUCACAUUGUUCUUUGUGCUGUAGUAAACAGACCUUUUUCAUCAUUUUGCCAUUCAUUGUAGUAUUCUUUUCAGUUUGUUUUGUUUUGUCCAUCCUUCCAAGAUAAGAAGUGCAAGAGCUGUAGUUUCUGUAGUAAUCGCUGCUGUAAAAACACUGAAGACUACUCACUGGAAAGAAGGGAUGCCAUCCCUCACAAGUCAAAUAAUAUAGGACACAAAAGAAACAAAACCCCCCACAACUGAACCAGAAUUGUGCUCAACCAAAAAGCUAGGUAAGCAUGUGAAAAACAGGUCUUUAUUCUUUUUAUAAUAAUCUUUCUUUUUUAGUAAGUUUGGGAUAAAAAUGAGGCUGAAACUUAUGCAAAAGUUGACUUUCCAGUAAUUGAAACAUAAUUUAGAAUGCUAGAAAUGUUGUAUGUUCCUCAUCCCAAAUUCUUACAUUGCAGUCGCAAGCUAACUAAAGGUUCCUGCAGUUUGUGCGAUGCAAAUAUACACAUUUGUAUAGGUGACAGAUAGCAGAGUUGUUCAAAACAGGGACUUCGAGUUUAUAAUAAUUCUACAUGGAGUUUGCCUGACUUCUACUCCUGACAGUUUAAGACACAGAACUUCUACUGAUAUCCUUUGGGAGCAAGGCUCUCGAGUCCACAAACAGCCCUCUGGCACAUGAGUGGCAGUUAAGAAACAACAGUGAAUCUCUUCUAGUCAAAAGCUUGUCAUAUAAAUUAUUAGAACAAGAUUGAAUUGUAGGUGGGUUUUUUCCCCUGUGUGUGCUUUAAAAAAAAAAAUUCAUUCCCUUGAGGAAAAGUUGCUUUGAGAGUCACCAUUUCCAGUUUCUGAAAAGCAAUUAAAAAAACCCCCAAGAGCAGGCUGCUCUGCUUACUCUCCCUUACUUCUGUUAGGCUGGGCUGCUGCUCAACCCCCAGCACAAUAAGCUUGACAAGUUUAAAUAUUUAAAAUACCACUGGAAUGGCUUGUGGAUCAUGAUGGUGCUACUGCAAAUAAGUAGAAGGUUCUCUCUUAAAGACUGCAAUAUUGCCUUGCUCUGAAGAAAUUUGUGCCCAGAACUCCUGAUUACAGUCAUAAUAAGACAUGACUCCGGCGACAUGUGUCAUCAACCCUUUGGAAGCAGAAAAAUACGCAGCCGUUGGAUAACAAGACAUUCACAGAAACAGUGCCAAAGUCUGUCAUGAUGAUAAAGAGAAAGAAAGCUAGAUAGAUGAACUGUAGAUGACCUUCAGAAGUUGUUUACAGCAUGUCUACAGCCUUAGGAAUAUCACACUCCAGUUCCUUUGCUUGGCUUGUGCUGGAUCAAUUUCAGGCUGCUGCUAUUGCAAGGGAAAACAAAAGCCGCCCCUGAAUUCUGUAUGCUGGUGCAAAAUCCUUACCAGCAAAAUGAUUAUGUGAAUGCUAUAAAUUAGUGAAAAUGAUAGCCAUCCAUUUCCAAUAGGGCACAUUAGAAAAGCUACUGUCAUAGCUAUUACUGUUCAUUAGAUUUAUAUCCCACCCUUUCCUCCCAAAGGAGCCCAGGAUGGCACACACACAGGUGAUAAUACACUUAAAACAGCUAUUUAAAAAGUGAGUACAGAUGCAGACUGGAAAAGACCUUUGCUUAAAAUGCUUGUUGAAAAAGGAAGCUCUUCAGUAAAGACUACAGAGAUGGCACUUUUCUACUGUUCAAGAGGAGGGAUGCGCAAUAGAUGGCCUUAUUUUUGUUUUGUUUUUUUAAAAGCAAAAGCUAGUUUUGUUUUUGUUUUGUUUCUACAUAUGAUUGAUUGUUGUUAAGAUAGAUAAAUGGAGGAAGGUUGAUACCAGACCUGCACUAAAUAUCAUACAUGCAUGGGCCAGUAAAAGAAUGCUCCCUUAGAAAAAGAACACUACAUUUUAUAAAAGAAGUCUUAAUGUUUUGCACAGGCUGAUUUGGCAAGGUUUUAAAAUGAGCUCUCUAUGAAACUUAAAACAUAUCAUAGACAGGAAAUUAUUUUUACGUAAACUAUGAGAAUAUGCAAUGUGAUACAGAUGGCAGAGACUUCAAAACUCUUCCAGGUGCUGACAUUACAUGAAAACCAGUUAUUAGAAUGAUGUUAAAUUGUCUUCAGUUGCAAAGUUGAUCUAACAGAGUUCCAAGGGUUUUCCUAGUUGAUAAGCUGAUACUCUCCUUUCUUUGAAGGAUAUAUGUGUGACUGGAACCCUUUCCCCUCCUCACUGCAUUCCCUGCUACGUUACAUCUGAACUGAAAUACUGCUGAAAGGAUUCUUCCUCUUCAAAAGGUUGGUGCACAGUUUGUUUUUCAUUCUAAAUUUUAUUCUUAUUUGAUGAUAAGAAUAAUUUCAAAUCGAGAUGGGUUUAAGCGUGGUUUUUUUGCACAUUUUUUGGGGUGUUUUUUGACACCAAACUGGGAGGGGUGGCUAACACCCCAGAGGACAGGAUCACACUUCAAAACGACCUUGACAGAUUAGAGAACUGGGCCAAAACAAACAAGAUGAAUUUUAACAGGGAGAAAUGUAAAGUAUUGCACUUGGGCAAAAAAAUGAGAGGCACAAAUACAAGAUGGGUGACACCUGGCUUGAGAGCAGUACAUGUGAAAAGGAUCUAGGAGUCUUGGUUGACCACAAACUUGACAUGAGCCAACAGUGUGAUGCGGCAGCUAAAAAGCCAAUGCAAUUCUGGGCUGCAUCAAUAGGAGUAUAGCAUCUAGAUCAAGGGAAGUAAUAGUGCCACUGUAUUCUGCUCUGGUCAGACCUCACCUGGAGUACUGUGUCCAGUUCUGGGCACCACAGUUCAAGAAGGACAUUGACAAACUGGAACGUGUCCAGAGGAGGGCAACCAAAAUGGUCAAAGGCCUGGAAACGAUGCCUUAUGAGGAACGGCUAAGGGAGCUGGGCAUGUUUAGCCUGGAGAAGAGGAGGUUAAGGGGUGAUAUGAUAGCCAUGUUCAAAUAUAUAAAAGGAUGUCACAUAGAGGAGGGAGAAAGGUUGUUUUCUGCUGCUCCAGAGAAGCGGACACGGAGCAAUGGAUCCAAACUACAAGAAAGAAGAUUCCACCUAAACAUUAGGAAGAACUUCCUGACAGUAAGAGCUGUUCGACAGUGGAAUUUGCUGCCAAGGAGUGUGGUGGAGUCUCCUUCUUUGGAGGUCUUUAAGCAGAGGCUUGACAACCAUAUGUCAGGAGUGCUCUGAUGGUGUUUCCUGCUUGGCAGGGGGUUGGACUCGAUGGCCCUUGUGGUCUCUUCCAACUCUAUGAUUCUAUGAUUCUAUUCUAAAUGGCUCUUCCCAUUGCUCUGUCCAGAAGAGUGGUUCUGAUGUUUGGGGACCAUGAACCCAGAUGACAUUUCAAGCCAGGAUUUGUGGGUUGUUGCUCCCAAAGCAGAAUAGCCAAGAGCAUGGGAGAAUGGAGACUUUUGAGCAUAGAAUUCUUUUGCAUAGAACUGUCAGUUAAUAUGUGCAGCCAUAGCCAAUGUGUGACAUGGAAACUGGAGAGAUGUAAAUAAAACACUGGAAGCAAAAGUGGAUGAGUAGGCCUAAAGGCCUAAAAUGGGCUGAAAUAGAACCAGAAUGCUUCUUGCACCACCUGGAGAACCAAAUGCCCACCACAUAUAGCGGGACUGUAUGACUAGUAGAGCACCAAAUGAAGAGUCUUCAAGAAAGAGGUACCUGUGCAAACCCUGCAAAGCUUAACAGAGCAACAAAAGUAACUAAAUUGAUUUCUGGGUGGCUAAGCUGACUCAAGAUCCCGCUAAGUUUUGCUGGAAAAGCUUCAAAAGAGCUAUGGGAGGGGGGAAUUGACUUUCUCCUGCAAUUCAAAGUUCCAGGAGGAGCAGUGAGUACAGUCAGGUUCUGAAUUUGCCAGAAUGGUAGGAAUGAGAAACUGGGACAGGAAGGUUGAGGAACGGAGGACCAGCAGAAGAAUUCAACCAAGUACAUUGGAGUUUACUCCAAGUAUGGCAAAGAGAAGCAGAAUUUUGCAUGAGGUAUAAUCUACUUUUUAAAAAUGUAUUCCAUUUUUAUUCUGCCCUUCUUCCAUUUUACAUAUUCUGCCAUAGUAGAAAUUUUAAGAAGAGCUCUAAAGGAUGAUUUAAAUAUUUUGAUUCCCAUAUGGAAGCUGUCAAAAAUGCUUCCUGGUUGCAGGGAUUGUUUUCCUGAGGUGAAGCUCCACAAACAGGGGCCACCACUAAAAAGGUCUAUUCUCAUGUGGCCACCGCCACACCGUUCUUGGGUGAAGCACCUAUACCACUGCGAAAGAAUAUGCCGCUGGUAUAUAUGUUGUCAGUGUUCCAUUGGACGCAUUCUAAUUCUAAAAAGUACAAAGACCUUGAUGCAAGCAUAUGAACAGUGAUGAGAAGUAUGUCAUUCUCAGCUAACUGCUUGUCUUUGGUUUAAUUAUUUUUCCACUUCCUAGAGAGCAGGGCAAUUUUCUGAUAUUCAUUUUCAUAAUAGUAAUAACUUUUAAUUUUAAUUCUAGAACUUAGCCUUUUUACUCUAAGAGGAUAACAUGGCAUUAGUAAAGGAGAGAAAUAAUCUCAUUAUGCUAUUGUAAAUCCUUUGCCAUAAUCUUCCUUUUGAACAAUGUUCAAGGCUGCUUGAAAUAAAAUAAAAUUACACUCUUUUUUAUCUUGGGAAAGAGAGAAGAAAAAGGAUUAAAAAUAAAAGCAACACCAGGUUAUCAAACUGGGUUGGAGAAGGAAAUAUUAUUUAAUGAGGAAGAGAUUAUUGUUUCAUUAUAUUUUUCUCUUUGCACCCUGGGGAGAAGGCAACAAAAGUACCCUUCCUGUGUGGAAACUAGCCAGCUUCUCUAGUGGCAAUAACUGGGCAUAUGUGGUUGUGCUCUGAUUUUCUUGCUAGGUUGCCCCAAGGUUGGGGCUCCUGAGCUGAAAGUGACCUUCUCUAGUGGUAGAAAUCACCAGCUCUAUUAUAACAUGGCUUAUGGGCAGGGAUUAUGGGAGUUCUCGUGCAACAACAUAUGGAGGGGCAGAUUUCUCACCCACUUUAAAGUCUUUCUGCCGCAGGCAUUUUGUGUCUUCCUUAGUUUCUUGACACAUACAAGACUUCCGUCAUUUCAUCUUUCUAUUACAUGGUUGUUGAGGUUUCUUCUGACUUCUUUACCCAAGAAGCUGCCUUUUGUUUUCUAGGUGUCUUUGCCAGCUAAACAGUCAAUUGGGAAAAGUUUCUCUCAGCCAACUUGACAAGCGACUAGAUGGGACCUGCAGGUCAGCACCACAUGCAGUGUGAAGGAUAGCCUGGAAUUGACACACUCCGGGGUUUUUAUUGAGAGAUCCCAGUGGAUGCAAACUCAAGAGUUGAUUCAAUGCUGUUGUGAAAUCUCCAUACCUCACCUGGACUCUCAUUUUCAUGUUCCUAACCGUGGCAAGUUCUAUUGCAAUCAUAUGUUGAUCAAUGAUGACCCCUCCUUUUUGACUUUGCUGGAGAAGCGUAUUUGAUUCGUAGAUCAUCCUUAGAGUCUUCAGUGUUUUUAACAAUAAGAUAAGAACGCCCUUCCCACAUGUGUAUAUAUAUCCUUUCGUAGCUCACAGCCGUUUUUGUUUUCAAUUACUCGUGCUGAUAUUCAUCGCCUCCAUUUUUUUGUAAUUUAAAUAAUGUACAGCUCUGUAUAUUCUGUCUUUCAAUGCAAACAGCGGGAAGAAAUGCUGUACGCAUGAUCAUGUGUUUGUAAGUGCAUGUGUUGGAAUAGGAAGUAUACCAGUCUGUAUUUAGAAGAGACAAACUCAGUACUAGUACUGACACUGAAAUUAUAGGCCUACACACACACACACACACACACACACACACACACCUAACUUUGUGGUUUAUUUUGAAGGUUAGAAAAGACAUAGCUCUGGUGAUAAUUAUAUUUUGUAUAUAUUUUACAGGUUUCACAGGUCUAAUCUAGUAUUUGAUAUACAGAAACUGACAAUAGGCUUUUUGUUUUUGUUUUUGUAAAUGGAUAGCAGUGAUAAGGCAUUUGCACAAUAUUUACCAGAGGCAGAAUAGCUCAUUGGAUCGAUUCCUCAUUCAUGGUUGAUGCUCCUUUUUUCCUGCUUCACUUCUCUAAACAUUGCAGUGCUAGGUCAAAAUCAGCUGGGCCUAUUUUUCUGAAUUAAAUGAACUGCUGCUCAUAACUGCAUUAGCCUACAUACCUAAAAAUGGUCAACUUUCAUAAAGCGCUUACACCUGCCAUUCGUUGUCGCAUUGCUUGGAGACUAAAUUCCAGUGCAUUUUUAUUUGCAGUGUUCAGUGUGUGUUGCACAGAGGGGAAAGGACAAGACGGACGGCUGCACAAUGUCUUUGUGAAGAACUCACCCUUACAAGAAAUUCAGGGCUUCUGCUAGAACUGGCCCCAAAUCUUGAGAUGCCCAUUUCCCUGUCAGCUGCAGAACAUGAUAAGGAGCUGAGGUGGGAAAACACUAACUGUUACAGUGUCCAGACAUGAAGUAAGAUGCAGCCAAGCCAUUUAGGCAAUUGCUGUCAGGGUUUGCUGAACGUCGGGGCUUAAAGCUAAACUGGGUGGAUUUUGUACAGCUCCUCCCCCUUCCCAUUACAUUGGUUCAGACUGCAGUCAGAGGUCUGGCAAGGCAAAGUUGGUUUGGAACAAAAGUAGAAGCUGUUGAAGUACAGUGGUCUACUUCUCUUCUGCUUUUCUUAAUCUCCGACUGGGCUUCAGAUGUCCAAGGCAAUUGCACACAUUCUGCUCCCUUGGGUGAUACAAGCAGCUCUCUGCUGUGAGGUUUGCUUGCAUUUUGGCAUAAAGUACAUGCUGAAUCCAGAUAACUUUUCUGGCUUGCCAGAAUGUUUAGACUGAUGGCAUUAGAAAUAUCUAUUUGUCAUAACCCGUCUCUGUGUUUUGGGCUGUUAGUGUGCUGUGUACAUGGCCUGGCUUAUUUCCCUUCCCAGCAGUCUUAAUGAAAUAUAGAUCCUGCUGAGAUGUCUUAUUUUAAGAAUCAUAAAAAUGCCUUCUUUUUAUCCUCCUUAGAACUACAUAGGAGGAGCAAACAGCAAUCCACUCAGCUUACUUAGGAACAAAGAGGCAGUUCUGUUACAUCAGCCUGGUUUCUUACAUUUCCCUUCCCAACUCCAACUAAGUACAGGUAGCAUGUUCACAGACAUUUCAGGCAAGCUUUCAGCAUCCACCAAUAGCUCAGUUGGUUAGAGCAUGGUCCUAACGCCAAGGUUGCAGGUUUGAUCCUCGUACGGGUCAGCUGCACAUUUUUGCAUUGUAGGGGGUUGGACUAGAUGAUCCUCAGGGUACCUUCCGAUUCGAUGUUUCUAUGAUACCAUUUUGCUUAAUGGGCAUUUUCUUAAGUUUGCAAAGAGAAGGACUAAUGUUGUCUUGUAAGGUGACUGUAAUACUCUUGGGGAAAUUAUUGUGCUAAUCCAGAUAGUGAUUCUAUUACCGUCAUUGUGUCAGUAAAAGAACCAGAGAAUAGACUAGUUUAUAUACCGCACUAAAGUUUGUUUUUUUAAAAAAUCAAAAUUCUGUGCUAUGUAAUUAAUGCCAACAAAAGCGUUUUCUCCCUUCUCACAAAGAAUUAUAUCUUUCUAAUCUACAUAACCAGAUAUUUGAAUUCUAUAAAUAGGUAGGUAGGUGGUCAGUUGUUUGAUUUUUGGAUUUAAACACUCAGCCUGAUAAAACAGAGCUCCCAUUGCAAAUAGUACCCAGUGGCUGCAAGGGAAGCUUCAGUGCAAUGUGUUAUCUAGUUACAUCUCUUUUAAAUGGAUAAUGGUGUGAAAUGUGUUUAGCAUUAUAUAAAGAAAGUUUGUGACUAAACUUUUUGUAGCGUGUGGGUUCUGGUGUGUUGUGCUCUCCUGCUGGAACUUCCAAGGAAACAAAACAGACUUAUUAAGACUCUUUCUCCUGCCCCCCACCCCGGAUUGAGAAACUGUACCAACACUGGUGAUGGGUUUACCAUAUUGGCAUAGCUUACUUCCUCCGGUCUCUUGUGUUGGUCUUCUGGCUUCCACUGCUCUCUGGACUAGGAAUAGGAGCUGGUAGUGGUAGCAGAGAAGGAUCAAAGGAAGAGCUAGGCAGGAGAGCAAGUGGUGCAGUCCAGAGAUGUUUGCAGAGGGACUGACAAGUUGCAGCUGAGCUAAAUCUUGCUGCUGCAGUUUCUGUAACCCUGUAGGUUUGUGUCAGUGGGAAACUAGCAAACAUUAGGUACUAAAUAUCCAUUUUCUGCUUGAUCAGACCUUGCUGAGUGCUUCCCUAGCUCUAGAAAAAAUUCUGAAGUAUAUUAAAGAACUGCAGUCAUAUGAUCCCUUACUUGGAGUACGCUCUGGCAAGCAAAACAGGAUUUACUUUCAAGUUACGAUUGGUCCGACAUGCUGAAAUCCUGAGCAUAGUUACUUGGGAAUAAAUCCUAUUAAUCACAUUUGGACUGAUUUGGGAGUAAACAUGCCAGGGAUUUGGCUGCACCUGACUCCCCCCCCCCCCCCCAUAGACUUUCUAAACUAUUAUUUUUGUUUUAGACCAUCAUGAUAGAAUUCCUUUUCCAUUCUGUGUCUUGGUAAAAUCUCAAUUCAGAUAUAUGGUUUUUUAUUCAGCUUCAUAAACAUAUAAUGAGGCAUUCCUUUGCUGUCCUGCUUUUGAGGUGUGUCUUUGUAUUUGGCAUUGCCAUUGAAAUAAACCAAACGUGUGUUUUAUGAACCUUGCAUGAGAAUGAAGUAAGACUGUCUAAACUGCAACAGAACCAGCUAUCUUCUCGGGCACAGAGGACUCCGUCAUCAAGUGGCUCACACUACCAACUAUUAAAAUGUUAGUAUGGUGAGGCAUGUGGGGAAACCCUGGAGUUUGAAAAUAGGCUUGAUGUAGGCACCCCACAAUUUUAAAACUUAGUUUAUUUAAAAAGUAGGCUUUUAGGGUGCCUGGGAGCAGAAAUAGUGGUUGAUAAAGGCGAACAGCCCAAAGUUCUCUCCAAAUUUGGAGUCGCUCAGUGCAUAUUUAUGUGCCAGGUGCUGCUUGUCUGUGCAACCAGCAUCCAGUGCAAGAUUUUGGAAAGCCCACAAUAUAUAUUCAAUUGUCUUGUAUGGCCAGAGGGG